UUCAGCUGAUUUCGGAAAAGGCAAUUUGCCAUAGUUUAAUUAGCAGAGUAUAUCAAAUUGCGUCAUUUUUUUUGUGACCGAUCACAAAAAUUGCAGUUUCCGAUCACAAUUUGGAUCGAUUGACUGAAAUAUGAAGCUUCUCAUGGCUCACUACCAUUGCAGGCUGCAGCCGUUUUCUCAAUUUUUGUGUUGGCCGUGCACUUCUGCUGUUAAUCGAAUAAGGGGCAUUGCUUCAGCCUUCAUCAGGUUUCUGUAAUGCUUCUAAUUUAUGCAUACUUGUGGAGGAAAGGGAAGAUGGAUUUUUUUGUAAUGCCUUUAUAUUGAUAAGAGAUCGCAACGGAUUUUAUUUGAGCUGCAGAACUAGGUUUCAGGCGUUCUGUGUUGUUAUGAAUUUAGGGUUCUUUUUUCUUUCGAAUAGGCAGAGAGUUGCCGAUUGUUAAGACUGCGUGAAAUACGGCUUUUUUGGAUACUUGAAUUUGUUCAUGCAAAUGGCCUCCGCUUUACAACAGAUUAAGAACCGCGUUCUGUGUUGUUAUGAAUUUAGGGUUCUUUUUUCUUUCGAAUAGGCAGAGAGUUGCCGAUUGUUAAGACUGCGUGAAAUACGGCUUUUUUGGAUACUUGAAUUUGUUCAUGCAAAUGGCCUCCGCUUUACAACAGAUUAAGAACCCAAGAUUCAUGCUUUCUGACGCUGAUUGUAGAAAUGCCGUGUGGAUUAGCUUGCUGUCGAAAAGAUGGAAGUAUGUUUGGACUUCGAUGCAUUACUUAGUUUUCAACAUAUAUUGGUUUGUGAAGUGGAUUUCGACGUUUUGGGAUUUUAUCAAUUGGUCUUUACUUUUAAAGAUGGCUCUCUCAACUUAUAAGGAUCAAAUGUAUGUACCGAUAACACAUAAUGAAGCAGCUGAAUGAGCUCCUUCGUGUUGUAGCUGGGAAGAAGGUUCUAGAACUUUGCUUUCUUGAUGAUGAUUACACUGCUCAUGAGUUAAUCCCUCGCGUCCUUUGUGAAACAUUGGAAGGUUACGUUGUAGUUACAAAACAUCUCAUUGCAAGUAAUAGCAGUUUUGAGUACCCAAAGUAGUCUUGACGAGAUUUCUCAUAUGAGGCGAGGUUGCUGAGAAAUUUCUUUUACGUGAUUGUAUUAAGCACAAGAAUGUCUACUUAUAAGAUUGCCAAGUCAUGGACCUUGAGUAGAUUGAUGGUACAGGAAGUACUCAAGAAUCUAACAAUCACGAAUCUGUAUGCUCGUGAGAAAAUUUGGGUUGUAGACUAUAUUUCAACGCUAAGCUAAUGAUUUUUCUUCCAAACUUGCUCUUUAUCUGCUACAUUGGAUGAAUGCACAGACUCUUUGGAUAAUGUCUCGGUCAGCCUAGCCUUCUAUGUUUACCUCGUGGGUGGAUACAAAAAACUGCUUACCUUGUUCUGCAAGGUUGAUUGGGCUUGAUGAUGUGACUCUUUCCAAUGUCCACUCUUCUUGCUAAGGUACAUGGACACUGCUUCACAUCUCUCUUGUAAACAUAAUACAUAUUAUUAUACAUAAUUUUCCUGGUAUUUUAUAUAGGAUACAACCAAUAAGUUGUCAAUUCUGUUUCCAGUUUUGUCAUUUGAGAGGGUGAUUUUUUCCAUAGAUGUAUUAUCAUAUAUGAAAGGAAUUUAGCUUUGAUUAACAAUCACAUUUAGUUUUUUACUCAUAUAUUCAAUGAUUGUGAUAUGACUUGUCUGAUGAGUUCUUCACUUAUUUAUGGAUGACAAAUUGUAAUGAAGUUUUCUAAUCUAUGGAUGAUUGCAGACAGCCUAAAACAAUAGUAAUGUUGAAAUGUGUAAGAAUGUAGUGUUGAAAUAUCAAGAGAAAAGAUGCAUUGAAAUGAGGUUCAAAUUACACUCUAAUUAGGUCUAUAUUCGUCCACUGAUCUUGAUUUAGAAGUACUAUAACUUGCUUAGUAUGCUUAGAAUGUUGCAUGUGCAAGAUAGUUUAAAACAUUUACCUAGGUUUUUGAACCUGUAUCUUUAGCCUGUUCAUGAUGGAAGAAGAUAAAAGGAUUUGCGCAACAUAUCUAUGUGAAUCAUUGCCAUCUACACUUGGUCAUUUUGGUCCUCUGGAUAUAUGAAUUUAAUAGUCUUUGGCUCUAAAGAAAAUAAUAAUUAUCAUGUAGGGGACUCUUGUUAAUUUGGUGUUAGUGGCUAAGUUUUAUUAAAUGUUAUUUACUUCAUAUAUGAUGGAGUUAAAGAGGCAUAAAAGUGUAGAAAAGGGAUCAUUUUUCUUUUCAAUUGGAGAGAAUUGAGUAAAAACAGGUAAAUAAUAAUCCGAGAUGAGAUUGAGUACCUUGCCCCUGUCCCCAUCAAGUCUCAUUGUCUUUUUCCUUUAGUCUAACUUGAUUCCUACUUUUAUUUUACAGACAACCUUUAUGUAACAAUGCAUUACUUAUAGAUAUUUGCAAAACAAGUACAAAGAUAAACUAGCCGUUCAAGGAUCCAAAAAUUUAUGCCAAUAGUUUUUCUUAUUGUUUUCCAACUGUAGUUUACAUUUCCUUGAUUAUCCUUUCUUUAUCAGACAUUUUCUAGUUCUACUGCUACUAAAUACUAAUUGAGGGAGUAUUUUCCUCCGUUCCCUAUAUUUUUAUCCUGUAGAUGAUGGGUGUACUAGGACACAUAAACUACAAAACCAAGCUAAGUUACGUUACUUGGCAGAAGCCGCAGAAUACAACACAAUUAGCUCUUAGUUAAUAAAUUAUGACAUCAACUUCAUACAUGUGAAAGUUUUUACAUAUUUUUAAUCAUAUCUUAAUUUGUAUGAUAGACUUUGCUAUCUUUGUUUUGCAUGGGUGUGCAAGUGCAAGUGCUAAAAUUAAAAUGAGACCAGUGUUGUCAAAAUGGCGCCCGGGUCGCUCGGGUCGCCCGGGUCGAGACCGUCACCGCCCCAACAUGGGUGGGUUGAUCGAGGUACGGGGUCGCCGCCGGGUCGCCCGGGUCGAGAGGGUCGCCUGGGUCGAGAGGGUCGCCGCCGGGUCGAGAUACAGAUUAGUGGGUCUCUCGACCCAGUCGACUCGUCGACUCGCGACCCGAAUUUUCACCUUAUCGACCCGGUGCGACCCUCGACCCUAACAACACUGAAUGAGACUGUAUCUUUCAUGUUUUGGGAUAAGUGCACUAUUUGCUGCAUUUGAAGAAAUGGGGAUUUCGACUAAAAAUAUAAAAUGGAUACAAACAGAGAAUGAAAAAAAUAUUGAACAGGAAUCUCAUGACAGGCUAAGUAGUCUGCCCUCUGAAAUCCUAGACCACAUUCUAUCGUUUCUCAGCAUGAAUGAAGUUGUGAAAACCAGCUUGCUGUCAAGAAAAUGGAGAUACUUCUGGGAUUCAACACCAUGCUUGAGCUUCGAUUUUAGAGAUUUCUGGAACCAGGAGCGUUGCCUAAAUUUGAGUUACGGUGAAUGCGUGAUAAAGUUUUGGGUAUUUGUCAAGUGCGCUAUCGUGAUCAGAUCACCCAUCUGUAGACUGCGGCUCCACUGUGAAGUCUGUGAUACCAUUCAGCUUGAUUCGCUUUUAUAUCUUUGUGCUAUGAAAGAAGUCCAAGAACUUGAUAUUUUUACUGGUUAUGGAAUCCUGCAGUGUCCAAGUGAUCGUGGUGUACCCACUCACGUUGACGCAUUUAUACAGGGCGUGAAUAGCCUGGUUGAGUUGCAACCCUUGACAAGCUUUUCAAAUCUCAAGACCCUAAAUUUGGUUGGGGUCCAGUUUGAUGAUUCUGAUAUAGCUGAGAAUGUGUUCAGUGAUUGUGGUGUUCUCGAGACUUUAUCUCUGGAACAUUGUUGUUUUGUGAUGAGAAACCAUCUCAAAAUUUCUGCCAAUAACCUUAGGACUUUGAACUUUAUAAACAAUGGCCCUGAUUGGUGGGAUUAUGCAUGCAUGUUCGACGGUGAGCUGGAACUUCAUACUCCAAACCUCGUAGCUUUCUGGUAUAGCGGGCCAGUGCUACAGCUUAGUCAAUCCUCGGAUAUGCAAUUUUUGAAGAAUGCCUCCAUUGAGCUCCAAUAUCAAAAUAAACCAGGGGACUUACGUGCUAUGGUUUUAGGUAUUCGUCAUGUCCAAGAGUUAUCAGUGUCGCCAAAUUUUGUCCUGUACUACUCUCCUGAAUUUAAAAAAUAUGCUGGCGACUUCAGUCCUCUCGACAGUCUGAGCAGCUUGAAGGUUGAUAUGGAAUUCACGGGGGACCAUAUGGAGGGUAUAAUAAAGCUACUCCAGCUUUCUUGUAAUCUUGAAACUCUAUGUAUCCGAUUCACUGAGCUUCCAGGGAUAAUCAGUUGGGAGUCCAGGAAAAUCGACGCCCCUAUAAUAUCACACAAGCUGAACGAAAUUGAGAUUUUUACGGCCUGCGGCCUGGAGAACUUGGUAGAGCUUAUCAGAUUCUUCGUUGAGAAUGGAAAAUCUUUAGAGAAGAUAAACAUCACGCAAGAGGAAGAAAUGCUGGAUCUGGAGGAGUUCUACACAUUGCACGACGCUGAGUUAGCAUGUGAAUCAGUUUCUAUAUCCAUCGGUUUAGCUUCUGCUUCUGGAACAAUCAAGAUGUUUGACUUUUCGUUUUGGAAAUGUGGUUCGGGUACAGCCGGUCAAUCUAUCGAAUACGGCCGACAACGGAGAUCACAGGUGGAAGGUUUACAAGCGUGGAGAGCAGGAGAUCAUUUUUCCGUUGCAAGAAGAUAACAAGGAAGAACUUAACAGUUGAAGAGAUAUGAGGAGAACAAAUCUGGGCAGUUUAGAUUAGUUUGUUUCCAGAGAAUUAUUUGCUCAUUUGCUAUUUUGAUUAGUUUAUAUAACAUAUUAGAGAUGAGGAAGAGAAUAUUAUCUUGGAGAGAUCGGUUAAGGAUGAUUUUAUAUCGUAGGCCUCUUGUGUGUGAGGAUUAAACUUUCAAUCAGAUUUUGUUAUUUUUGAUAAAUGAUUAUAUUUUAUCAAAGUCUUUGCCGAUUCA